AUGGCCGGCUGCGCGGAGGCGGCGCGGCUGCGCGCCGAGAUCGGGCGGCGGGAGCAGGAGCUGCGCGGGCUGCGCGAGCGGCUGGCUGCCGUGCUGGCGGCGCCGGCCGAGCAUCCUGCCGCCGAGCCCGCCGCCGCCGAUGCCACCUUCGCCGGCGAGCUGCCGCCUCUGGCGGCGCAGGCCUCGCUGAGCCCCGCCGCCAUCCUGCGCUACAGCCGGCAGCUGGUGCUGCCCGAGCUGGGCGUGCGGGGGCAGCUGCGCCUGGGCCGCUGCUCCGUGCUCGUGGUGGGCUGCGGCGGCCUGGGCUGCCCCCUGGCGCAGUACCUGGCCGCGGCCGGCGUCGGCCGCCUGGGGCUGGUGGAUCACGACGUGGUGGAGACGAGCAACCUGCACCGGCAGGUGCUGCACGGGGAGGCCGGCCGCGGGCUCCCCAAGGCCGUCUCGGCCGCCGCGGCGCUGCGGCUGCUCAACUCCACGGUGCAGUACGUGCCCUACUGCGGGGCCCUCAGCCCUCGCAGCGCCCUGGAGCUGGUGCGGCAGUACGACGUGGUGGCCGACUGCUCCGACAACGUCCCCACGCGGUACUUGGUGAACGACGCCUGCGUCCUGGCCGGGAAGCCGCUGGUGUCCGGCAGCGCCCUCCGGCUGGAGGGACAGCUGGUCGUGUACAACUACCAGGGGGGGCCCUGCUACCGCUGUCUCUUCCCCAAGCCCCCUCCGCCGGAGACGGUGACCAACUGUGCAGAUGGGGGAGUGCUGGGUGUUGUGCCCGGCAUCAUGGGCUGCAUCCAGGCCCUGGAAGUGCUGAAGAUAGCUUCAGGAAUGGGCUCCUCCUUCGGUCAGUUCAUGCUGAUGUUCGAUGCUCGCGAGGGGAGGUUUCGCAACAUCAAGUUAAGAACAAAGAAACCAGACUGCGCUGUGUGCGGUGACAGUCCGACCGUCACUUGCCUUCAGGAUUAUGAAGCCUUUUGUGGUUCUUCUGCGACAGACAAAUGUAGGACUUUACGUCUGCUGUCAAGUAAAGACAGGAUCUCUGUAGAGGAAUACAAAAAAGUGUUGGAUGAGCAGAUUCCUCAUGUGUUGUUAGAUGUUCGUCCUCAGGUAGAAGUGGAUAUUUGUCGCCUGGUGCAUGCAGUCCAUAUUCCUUUGAGUAAAUUGGAAGAAAAAAAUGAAGAAUGUCUGAAACAUUUGGAAGAGAGAAUUUGUGAAGAAAAGCAGGGAACUAAUGGCAAAACAGCUUUUCCUGUAUACGUUGUUUGCAAAUUAGGAAAUGACUCCCAGAAGGCUGUAAGAAUUCUGCAGGAGUUAACUGUUAAAGAACUUGGUUCUGUGUUAGCGAAAGAUAUUAAAGGGGGGCUUAUGGCUUGGGCCACUAAAAUUGACCCAGCAUUUCCUCAGUAUUAGCAAUUUACCUAUUGCUGAAAGAGAAUGCCUACUCACUGUAAACGCCAUAGAGUUUCAUCUUCUCUGUGUAAUUACUAUAUCAUAUGGAUAAAAUGGGAGAUAGAAAUACCAUGUUGCUUUUUUAAUGGUAAUUUUUGAAAAAAAUCAUGUAUCUUUGUAGAUGCUUUAAAUUCUGUCUUUAUAAAAAAUAUGAAGCCAUCAAUGGAAAUAGAAAGAAAUACGUUUCUUGGUUAUUAUUUAAUAGUGAGAUUUGAAAUAAUUUGUGCAUUUGAAAACUGAGAAUUACUCCUGAUUAGUAAUUAUAGUCUUGAGAGUGACAAAGCACCAGACUCGUUUUGAAAGUUUUUACUCAGUCUCCUAGCUGUCUAACAUACAAAAAAUUGAAACGGUGCCCACUGAUUAAGAAAAAAGAAAUCUGAUAGUCUUAAGAUAGUCACUAGCAGUAUUAAGGCUAUGACAGGAAAUUGCCAAGAAAAAGUUCCUGCUGACAGGAACUGUUUUGAUCAGCAUCUUUUUCUGUUUGUUCUCUGUGGAAGUGUUGUGCAUUUAUGAAAAAGGAGUGUUCCCUACUGGUGGCAAAGUAAAGAUAGUGCUACUGUUACAGUGACAGAAAAACUGGAGCACAGCCAAAGCCAAACUUCCUAUUUUGUGGCGUUUCUGUGGUGUGGUGCUAUGCUGGGUUGACCUGUCUGGUUUAGGUAGGCAAAUGAAAGCCAAAGGAUUGUUAAAGGUACAGGCACAAGGAAUUUGCAUGUAGCUGACUGUGUAGUAUUGGUUGUGUGGUGAUUUUUGUACACUCAAUUCAUCUGAAUUGUGGUAGUUGUGAUAGUAGUGUCCACAGUCUUAAGAAAUUGCGUAAAGGAUAUGUCUGAGUAAAAACAGAUUUUAUGCAGAUGUUAAUCUGUGACUGUUUUAUAAAGUUUCAGCUAUAUUUGAGAUACUUUUUAGUCUUACCUGUUAAGAACUUAAAGCCAUUUAUCCUUUGAAGGUUGACUGCUGACAAAUAUAUUCUUCAACCUGUGUACAGAGUGGUUAACUAUUAAUAGGAUAAACAUUUAGCCCAGAAAGUUUGUAAAACAUACAGAAAACACUUCUGUGAAGGUUUGGAAGCUUUCACAGAUUGAUAGGUGAAGAAAAGACAAAUAGAUAUGUGGCUUCUCUUCUGCAAGUAUGAAGACAUCUUCUAAAUUUUCUUGUUUGUUGUCAUAGUUGCAUAUUCUCCACAGUGCUGCAUUAUUUUAUUAAUUGGCAUGAAGAGCUAUACACUGCUAAACAAUUAUUCUGCAGGAACUGAAUAAAAAGAGAAAUAAACAGCUUCUCAUCAGAGAGCUGCUCGAGUCCUUAUCACUUAUGCAUAGUAAUUUUCUUUCUAUUAUAUUAAUUAAGGUAUGGAUUUCUUUUACUUUCUGAGGAGAGAAACAUCACCUGUCAUGACUAAUCUUAGCAUUGUACAAGGAUGAAAAAGAAUAGUACCGUUAUAAUUUAUAGUCAUAAAAGCAUAUUUUAGUAGAAUAAAUGGGAGCACGUCUACACCGCCUACUUUAUUAUAACAUGCCAUGGCUCCUAGCAAUACUAAGCUUAAUAAUAUCUUGUGAAUGAAACAGUUCAGUGAAUUUAUAAAUACAGAGUUAAAUCUCUUGCAGGUUGGAGGACAGUGAAAAUGUUCAAGGUCAUGACUUACAGAAUCACAGAAUGUGAAUGACUUAGAAUAAGCUUUAAUGUUUUGUAGUGUGUAUUGUGAGAUUCAAAGUCAAAGCAUUUUAAGGCAGGCUGUGGAGGCUUUGUUCAGUCAGCAAAUCUGUCUUCUGAUGGGUUGCAGUCAUUGAGAAUUUCAAAACAGAGGGAGGUUUCUGAAAUAUAUGACCUGUGUUUUCAUUUUUCUCUAUUUAUUGUAAUAGCAAGAAGAGACCUGGAGUGAAACAAAGGACUUUAACACUCAGCCUCUUUAUGUUAAGCCAUUGAUGGAAAGUCAAAUGCCCAUCUGACCUGAAAGAAUGACUCCUCUUCUGUAUUUCAAAGCAAACCGAAUCUAUGAACUUUUUGCCAUUGCUUUUAGGGAGAAGGGGAGCAGAAAGCCUUUUUGAUUCUAGAUCUGUGUGUUAUUUCCAGGGACUGUAAAUCCAACAUAGUUUUUGUUGUAAUAUUUUAGCAGCAAAUGAACACAAAUGCCUUCAGAGAAAAAGGAGCUGAUGCUGAAGCUUGGCCUGCAUGAUCCAUUUCGAGGUGGAAGGAAGGAUCAGUCACUCCCCCCAUUGAGCAGGUUACUUCAAAGCUUGGACCCAUGUUGAAUGACAAAGGUGGAGCCAAGUCAGCUUGUGAUGGUAGAACAAACUUGUUCUAAGAAUUAAUAAAUUCAUAGAUGAUGUGACUUGGACAGUGGAAUGGGAUAUUGCAUCUGCUCUGCUGGAAAUAAUACCAACUCUCACUUGGAUCCCUCCGUGAGCCUUUGCAAAGAGAAAACCUACCCUGCUGAAGAUGUGAUUGCUGGAGGGUUUGAGGAGUGUCAGUGCCUCUGUGAAGAAAGCGUGGGUGGGAUUUCCUGGCUGGCACUGGCAGGCUCAAUGUAGGAGCGUGAAAACGUGUGAAAAAUGGAAGUGACCGGGAAUGCCAUGAGGAGGAUGCCGCUCAGUAUGCUGCUUAGUGCCACCACCUGGCCGGGAAUGCUCCUGGGAACCAUGUCGCCGUAGCCUACUGUGGUCAUGGUGAUGACGGCCCACCAAUAGCACGCAGGGAUGCUGGUGAACUCCUGCGAGUCCGCCAUCUCGUUCUCAAUGACGUACAGGAGCGGUGCAAACAGUGCGAUGGCCACGCAGAGGAAGAGCAGCAGGAGGCCGAACUCGCGGGUGCACCUGCGAGCUGUCAGCCCCAGCGUCUGCAGGCCCAGGGAGUGCCGGGCCAGCCGCAUGACGUAAAGAAUCCUCAAGGCACGGAGUAUGCGGAGGACCAGACCCACUUUGUCCAGGUAUCUUCUUUUACAGCACCAGUCCAAGUUGUCUUCCUCAAUUCCCCAGUAGAGCAGCUCCUCCUGGAAGGACAGCGCGCACAUCUCACGCAAGAGCCGAAGUUUCCCAACCCGCAAAAAGGUCAGGAUUGUUCUGAAUGCUCCUGGGUUGCGGUCGAAAAAGAAUUCAUUACAUGUCACAUCGUAAUCAUCACAGAUAUUUAAAAUGUCAUCAAAAUUGUUACAGAAUUUCAGUUGGCCCAAACGUGUCAAUGGGAAUUCAUCAAGCGUGGUCCAUGGAAGCAAAUACUUAAUGCCCCCAACAUUUAUAAUAAUAUGACGCUUCCGAUCAUCCGAGUGAAUGCCUUUCAGGAGAUCCUCUUCAGGGUGAAUUAGUCUGGCUCUUUGGUAAAAGACUCCCUUAAGGGUUUCUGUUUCUGGAAAGAAUGUAUGAUUGAAGGAAGUAUCUGAAGCACAGCUCAGGGCACUAUAGUCAUAAUCAGAAUUUUCUCCCGGUAGAAGAGUCAUCUUGGAAGUUAACUUCACAUCACUUUGCCACUUCUGCAAGUGUCUUCUGGAACAAAGAACAGAUAUUUGGGUUUACGGAGCUUUUGGCAUUUUUCAGCUUUGAAAAAAAUGUAGUGACUGAAGCUUGAAAAUAUUUCAGGUUGGUGAGAUAACUGAAAGGGAAACGGUGGCUGAAUAUGGUCAGAAAAGCUGGUUUGGUUCUGUUGGGCAGAAGUGACUGGAAACAGCUACUCCCUCAUCCAGAAGCUCCACCUGGCAUGUCUGUCACUUCAGGAGGCUUCUCCUAUCUCAGAUGCAGAGGUCUUGAUUUCCAGUGGGUAUAGGGAGGUUUAUCAGAGAAAAUAAUGAUAUGCAUGUGGCAGGAUUCUCCUGGUUCAGAAGCAAAAUAUAAACAUUUAGCUAGUAUCACAUAAAAACACAGAACCUGUGUGUUUUGUAGAAAAGGAAAUGAAAUCUAUUUAACUACUAUACAUAAAAAUAAGUAUUGUAGUACCCAUUAAC